AUGAGGAGAUUUGUUUACUGCAAGGUGGUUCUGGCCACUUCUCUCAUGUGGGUGCUUGUGGACGUCUUUUUACUUCUGUACUUCAGUGAAUGUAAUAAAUGUGAUGACAAGAAAGAGAGGGGGUAUCCCGCAGGACCCAUGCUGGAGCAGUUGGUAAAGCCUCACGAAGGACCUGGAGAGAUGGGAAAGGCUGUGCUCAUUCCGAAGGACGACCAGGAGAAGAUGAAAGAGCUGUUCAAAAUCAACCAGUUUAACCUUAUGGCCAGUGACCUGAUUGCCCUGAACCGAAGUUUGCCCGACGUGAGAUUAGACGGGUGCAAGACAAAAGUCUACCCCGACGAACUCCCCAACACAAGUGUAGUUAUUGUGUUUCACAACGAAGCCUGGAGUACCCUGCUUCGGACCGUGUACAGCGUUAUAAAUCGCUCGCCGCACCGCCUGCUGUCUGAAAUCAUCCUGGUGGACGACGCCAGCGAGAGAGAGUUUUUGAAGGCCUCAUUAGAGAAUUAUGUGAAAAAUCUGGAAGUCUCCAUAAAAAUCAUCCGGAUGGAGCAGAGGUCGGGACUGAUCCGCGCGCGGCUCCGAGGGGCAGCGGCCUCUAAAGGGCAGGUGAUAACCUUCCUGGACGCGCACUGCGAGUGCACCCUGGGCUGGCUGGAGCCGCUGCUGGCCAGGAUCAAGGAGGACAGGAAAACUGUCGUCUGCCCAAUCAUUGAUGUGAUCAGCGAUGACACAUUUGAAUACAUGGCUGGAUCAGAUAUGACGUAUGGAGGGUUUAACUGGAAACUUAACUUUCGCUGGUAUCCAGUUCCCCAGCGAGAGAUGGACAGGAGGAAAGGAGACAGGACCUUGCCUGUAAGGACCCCUACUAUGGCUGGUGGCCUAUUUUCUGUUGACAGAAACUACUUUGAAGAGAUAGGAACUUACGAUGCAGGAAUGGAUAUCUGGGGUGGCGAGAAUCUUGAAAUGUCUUUUAGGAUUUGGCAGUGCGGCGGCUCCCUUGAGAUCGUCACCUGCUCACACGUUGGCCACGUUUUCCGAAAGGCAACGCCUUACACCUUCCCUGGUGGCACGGGGCACGUCAUCAACAAGAACAACAGGAGGCUGGCAGAGGUCUGGAUGGAUGAGUUUAAGGACUUCUUCUAUAUAAUAUCCCCAGGUGUCGUUAAGGUGGAUUAUGGCGAUGUAUCCGUCAGAAAAGCACUAAGAGAAAAUCUGAAGUGUAAACCCUUCUCGUGGUACUUGGAAAACAUCUAUCCCGACUCCCAGAUUCCGCGGCGCUAUUACUCGCUUGGUGAGAUCAGGAACGUUGAAACCAACCAGUGUUUAGACAACAUGGGCCGCAAGGAAAACGAAAAAGUGGGCAUUUUCAACUGCCACGGCAUGGGAGGAAAUCAGGUGUUUUCUUACACUGCUGACAAAGAGAUCCGCACAGACGACUUGUGCCUGGACGUCUCGAGGCUGAACGGCCCCGUCAUCAUGCUGAAGUGCCACCACAUGAGGGGGAACCAGCUCUGGGAGUACGAUGCCGAGAAGCUCACCCUGAGGCAUAUCAACAGCAACCAGUGUCUGGAUGAGCCGUCGGAGGAGGACAAGAUGGUUCCCACCAUGAGGGAGUGCGGUGACAGCCGUUCCCAGCAGUGGCUGCUGCGCAACAUGACCCUGGGUGCCUGA